AUGGCCGAAAUCGCACAAUCCGAACACUCCGUAGAAGGACACUUGAAUCCCGAAGGUCCAGAUCCCAGAGCAUCCCCUCCGUCAUCAUUCAACGACACCAACAUACUCGCUCCCACUCCACGAUACUUCAUGACGCCGGCAAUGCUGGAAGCGCUUCCCAGAAGAAGGGGGCCUUCGGCAAGGCUGGCAGACGAAUUCGCCACCCUGUACCCAAACGAACCAAGGACAGGGAGACGCUUUCAUCAAUGGGAGUACGACAUCCGAGCUCGAGAUCAUUCUGAAGAAGAUCGACAGCGAUACCGGACACAACCGGUAGAUGUGGUGGCGAGGCACGGAGGAGCAGCGAGGGGACAAGACUACGUCUGGUCGAGCCACGCUUCAGGAACUCCGCCAGGGUAUGAGCGAUAUAGGCUCCCCGACAAUAGGCAGAGUUACUACCUGGCACGACCUGGUCUUCCCCCUCCGACAGAAGAAACGCCGGGAUUCUGGACCCAGCCAACGGAUAUGAGGCGUGCUUACCAGCAUCUCCAAAACGACUACAACCGACUGCGUAGUCGGCUCGACGUCGCACGAAGAGAGGUAGCAGAAGCACGGGAAGGACGCCUGGCUGCCGAAGCAACCCGAGACCGUCUCAUGAGGCAGGUGGGCGAAUACGAGGCUUCACGAAUAGAGCGCGGCAACCAGAUCCACAAGCUAAACACGGAACUGGAAGCCUUAAAAAGAGCACUCAAAUCCAGCGAGGAAAGGGCGACGGGUCUGGAGGGCAUCAACAAGACCCAAGAAACCCGAAUCCACCUCCUGGAAGCCAUGACGCGCCCACCACCGCCUUCCCCUAUUCGAUCACCCAAGAAACCGGUCGACAAGGGCAAGCGCAGACAGGAUCCAGGGCAACAGGAUAUUCGGGAUUGGGUAAGAGGAGUCGGCGGAACCGCCGGCCCUAGUGGGCUCAAACCGGCACACCAGGCAAACCCUGAGCAGCCGCCCUCUAGGGUGCAGACGCCCCCAAUGUCCCCGGCACACUCCUACGAGGGAGACCAAGAUGACGAGUUGGCGGGGGCACACUAUGCAUUCCCACCAGAGCAACCGGUCCCACCACCGGAUCGAAGUCGUCGCUCUGCAGCCCCGCCACCGGCAUCCUCGGACGAAGUCAAUCUCCCGGAGCCAUUCGAUGGCACCAAGGCAAAGGCAAAGGCAUGGCUGGUCGAUGUAAUGAACUACAUCGUCAUGAAACCCAGCGAAUUCGAAGACGAACAAAGUAAAAUUCGCUGGGCAAUGUCUUAUAUCCGCGGACCACAAAUCGACCACUGGAAGGCCUCCCUAUUAGAAAGAAUGAUGGGGGGCCCCCCGGUAUACGCCACGCUCCAGGACUUCAUCGCGGACUUCAAAAAGAUGUAUUACCCCGCGAAUCCGGAGCUGGAAGGUCAGCGAAUGCUGCGAAAUAUGCAGCAAAGGUAUAAGCCUUGGGAGGAAUUCGAGGCCGAAUGGGAACAUUGGGUCAAGGUCUCGGGGUACAAGGAUGAGCAGCUGCUGCUCCAAUUACUUAGGAAUGCCAUGAGAAAAGAACUAUGCGACAGAGUAUGGGCAUCCGAAGGGAUUAGCCGGGAUGUAAAUAGCUACAGCCUGUGGAAACAGGUUGCAGCCCGGCUGGACCUUCAACAGCAGCAGCAGUGGGCAUCCACCUUCGAGGACCGAAAGGGCAAGGGGAAAGCCAAGGACUCCAAAACCCGACAAGUCCACCAGGAGGAAGGUUCGACAACGGCAACGGUCAACGCGGUCAGGACAACGGGAAGGGCGCCCAUCAGAAACCUCGAUGAGGCAGGAAAGGCAGUGCCGCACAAGGAAACGGUAGGCGUCGAAAAUGAACGCGACAAGCACCGGAAGUGUGGUACCUGCGGGAAGGAAAGGUCGGAAAAGGGGUCGUGCACGGAUAUAUGGCACACCCAUUAUUACGACGGAAAGGCGCAGUGCUGGCGCAAAAAGGAUGCCCAGCCUGCAGCUCGGGCCAGUACGGUAGAAGAAACCGAGGCCGUACGAGCAUUCAAGGCGGCCAUCGCGGCCAACCCCGCUCUGCUCAACCAGGCGGGUUUUCAAUUCGGCAAGGCUUAA